AUGUCACAGGAAGACUAUCUGGUUUUCGGCAUUAGUAAUAUUCUUGUUGGAAAAGACACAAGAAUCAAUGAAGCAGAUAUAUGGAUGGAAAAUACAGAAUCAAUUUAUAAUUUGAAUGGUGAUAUCAAAUUUGACAGUGUCAGCUUUUUUUAUCCAUCUCGAAAAGAAGCAUCAGUUUUGCAUAAUCUCUCUUUUAUUGCUCGUGCUGGUCAAACAACUGCUCUUGUAGGUUCAAGUGGUUGUGGGAAAAGUACAUGUAUAUCACUGUUGCUUCGUUAUUAUGAACCUUCAUCAAAUCGAAUUACUAUUAAUGGUCGGGCAAUAACAGAUUACAAUAUCAAACAUCUUCGACAAAACAUUGGAGUUGUUAGUCAAGAACCGAUUUUGUUUGGAGUGAGUAUUUAUGAAAAUAUUCGUUUUGGUAAAGUAAAUGCAACACAAGCAGAAAUUGAACAAGCAGCACAACAAGCAAAUGCCCAUGAUUUCAUCAUACAAUUACCGAAUAAAUAUGAAACAAUUGUUGGCGAACGUGGUAUUCUAUUGAGUGGUGGUGAAAAACAACGUAUUGCAUUAGCUCGUGCUCUUGUAAAGCAGCCUACAAUCCUUUUACUAGAUGAAGCAACAAGUGCACUUGAUACUGUUAGCGAGAAAUUUGUCCAAGAAGCGCUUGAUCGAGCCUGCAAAAAUCGUACAGCUAUUGUUGUCGCUCAUCGUUUGACUACAAUUCAAAAUGCUCAUCAAAUAUAUGUAUUAGAUAAUGGAACUGUGGUUGAGCAAGGUACACAUGAAACAUUAAUGGAAACACAAGAUGGAAAAUAUCAAGCAAUGGUCAAACUUCAACAAAUAGAAAAAACCGAUAAUGGCAAAGAUAAUAUGAUGAGCAUAGAAAAAACAGUGGAACAAGAUAAAAAGCCUAUAUGUCAACGUGUUGCUAUUGUUGGUGCAUCUGGUUGUGGAAAAUCAACAACUAUUCAACUGUUGGAACGAUUCUACGAUGUUACAAGUGGUCAGAUACUUCUUGAUGGCAUUGAUAUCCGACAACUAAAUCUUCAGUGGCUUCGUUCUCAAUUCGGUCUUGUUAAUCAAGAACCAAUUUUAUUCGAUUUAACAAUAGCUGAAAAUAUUGCAUAUGGCUUAGAAAAUGUAGCAAUGGAAGACAUCAUUAGUGCAGCACGAAAAGCUAAUAUUCAUGAAUUUAUUGAUCAACUACCUCAGGGUUAUCAAACACAAGUAGGGUUGAAAGGUAGUUUCCUAUCAGGUGGUGAGAAGCAACGUAUUGCUAUUGCUAGAGCUCUUGUUCGCCAACCUAAAGUACUGCUAUUAGAUGAACCGACAAGUGCCAUGGAUGCAUACAAUGAACAUAUGGUAAAAGAAGCUCUUGAAGAAGCUCAGAUAGAAGACUACAAGAGAACAUCGCUUAUUAUUUCACAUCGUCUUUCAAUUAUUCGCUCAUGUGACUUGAUUGGUGUACUUGAUAGAGGACAUAUAGUGGAAAGUGGCACUCAUACAGAACUGACACGACGACGUGGCACUUAUUAUAGAAUGAUUGCUCUAAAAGAUUUACAAUGA